CACACACACUGAGCAUCAGAUGGUUGCUGAUGAAGUUUUUCAUGUCGCAGGAUCUGUUUUCUUUCUCUUGUUGAAGCCGGUGGAGUUUACAGAUGGCUAAGAGCAGCAUCUCUCAGAAGAAAAGUCUGAAGCAUCUGUUCUUCACCAGAAGCACCACAGACCUGCAGGAAUGCGGCGAGAAAAAGGAGAACAAAUUUCAGUCUCUAUUCAAACGGAGAGAAAAGAAAGACAAGAGUGUGGAGUCUCCUGAAGCUGCAUCAGCAGAUGAACACGAUGGAAGAGAGAGGAACUCUGAAUCUGGUUACAGCACUGUGCCGAGGUCAAAGAAGGGCCUGUUCUCUCAUUCUGAGAUGGACCUCCGGAAACCCAAGCGCUCUGCCACAUUUUCUUUUCCCUGGAAAAAGAAGAAGAAGAUCAGAAACCUCUCUUUGAGCUCCUCAAGUAUCACUGAAGCGUCCGAGGUCAGAGGUCACAUCAGAGAACCGAUGGAUGAAAAGAAGAUAGAGCAAAGUUUCCUCAGGCCACGUGAGCACUCUGAGGUAGCUGAGAUUAAAUCAGCAGACAGUGAUGGCAGAAGCACUGAAGGUGAAGAUCUAGACUCAGUAGAAUUUAUGCUAGCUAACACAGACAACGCGUCCAUUCCGUUCAUUGACUCCUCGGUUUCUGGCAGCGAUGGUUACCGUACUCCACCAGAAGGUCCAAGUUUGGGUUCUUCGCUUACAGUUAAUAACGAUUAUGAAACGCACCAAUCACAUUCAGAAGAAUUACCUGACACCCUUAUUCCUGUUGAAGAAGGUUCCAGCUUACCAGUCCUGACCUCGACAGAGUUCUCUCACACAGGUUCCUCAAACUCACCCACCAGAAUGUAUGAAGGCCAACUCACACCCAUCAUUCUCACUCCCAGGAGCACUGUGGUCACCUCCAUCAACAGCACACUCAUAACCGUACACCAUCCGGAAACAAGCCCUGGUGCUGAGAGCAGGGAUCACUCGCUCGCACUUCAUCAGUGGGACACGACCAAACCACAGCAGAUCUUAUCACCUGACUCCACCUCAUGCUGGGACAGAGUGGAGAAAUACGAGGAGAUAAAUGCUAGCCUGACAUUGGGUCGUCCUGAAAAAAGCUGCAUUCAGCUCAGUGAAAUCAUUGAUUCUAAACACAGUCUUGAUGACGACAGAGAUUUAUGUCCCUACAACCUUGAGACAGGUUUCCACAGACACCUUCCUCACAUCACUGAUGAUACCAUUCAGGACAAUGAAACUUUUAGGAAACAUGAAGACAGCAAUGUGGAUCACAUUGAAAGUUCUGAAUGCAUUGUAUCUAUCUCACAUGAAGUUCCUAAAGAAUUAGAUCCUCCUUCUUAUCCCGAGAACCCAGAGAUCUUCUACUCAACGAAAGAAAUGUACAACUCCUCUUCUGGAGACAAUGAUGGAAAUCCAGCUUUAAUAGAUGCUCCACUGGUUUACUUUGAGUCAGAUGUCUCUCCUCGAUUUCCAAGAAGAAGCGUCAUGGUAUCUGACCCUGACACUGCAACCUUUGACCUCUUAAGGUCCUCAUACACCAGUGGCCUUGUCUGCAGCAGUAACGUCUCAGAUCUGCUCUGUGAUCCAGACCAAUCAAAGCAAGAAGAAGAACCGACAAUCUCCACCAGUCUAUCAUAUGACACGUUUAACGAAUCCUUGGCUCCUGAAAGCAUCUCCACUGCCACCGAUCACUUGAUGACAUAUUCUAACAUUUCUGAUCUUUCUCAGCAAGGAUUCUCUGAAGACAAUUUGGAAGAAGAUCAAUGUGAUGAAGAAGGAAUUGAUGAUCCUGGAUUUCUGGAGAAAACAUGUUCUUUAUUAGAAGACGAGGAACUUGACGGACUUACAGGAAAUAAUGAGCCUGUGUGUGAGACUAAGAUACAUGAAAAUGAUUUUUACACCUUUAGGUCAGUUACCUAUCAUUUGAAUGAGUCAGUUAACAGGGAAUAUUCAGAAGAUGAUGGAAAUGCAGUGACGUUAAAAACAGAAGAAAACCAAUUAAGUGGAGAGAGUGAGGCACCACCAGGUGAAGUCAACCAGCAGCUUGCAGAUCUCGCUGAUCUCAAACCAGACACUCAGGUUCUGCGAGUGUGUGUUUCUGAGGAAUGUAUCACUGCCCCUCCCUGCGGUCUGCACGCUGAAGUGUCAGUCACAGACUGCAAGCCAGAAACACACCCAAACAUGAAGGUAGUGUCAGGCCACUCCCAGGAGUCUGGAUCUCCAGUGCCACCACAAUGGGAGGACUCGACAGGGGGUGGAGCAAACAGUAAUGUUGAUAGGCUCCAUGUGGAUAGAGACGACAUCAAUACACAGGAGCCACAGAAACCUGUCACCUGUUACCCAGUAUCAAGGUUUCUAUCUGCUGAGCCACAAGGACUACCAGAGACCGAACACACAUUCCAACAAGUUCAAGGGCAAGACACUGUUGAGAAAUUCGGCGACGAUAGCAGCAGAGACGUCUGGGGAAACUUCAGGGAAAGGAACAAGACUCAGGGAGGAAUCGCUGCUUACAUCAGAGAGUGUGUUGAAGAAGAAGAAGAAGAUCAUCAAGAGAGGACAGUGUCAAACCAUCAGCCUGUACCGAGAUACAUCCCACACCGGUCCCCUCAUGCCGUCUCUGCUCUCAAAGUAACCGAAGAGUCCGAACCCGAGAGUCCUGUAGCGAUUUGUCCUGAAUCAGAUACAGACAUGAGCGUGUCUCAUGUUGGGGUGCUGAGCACCACGUUAACUCUGAGGCCCAAAGUGUCUCAUGAAGGACGAGACGACAACAAAAAAGUUCACAAGGUGUCGCUGGUAAACAACAGCAGCACAACCAACAGCUCCGUGUUUCGUGGACGCGAUGUGGAUGAAAUCGAAAACGGGGUUAAGUACGACGCCGUGGACGAAGGAACCAGACUCGAGGUGGUCGAAGACUGGAAGCCGAAGUACCGUUAUUUUGAAGGAGAAUCGAGAUCGUUUUUAGCAGACAGUUCGGAGCAUGAGGUGUCGGGUAGCACACACCUGUAUUCUUCGCACUCCAGCAGUUUAGAAUAUAAACCAACCGUACACUCCUCCCUCUCCUUCUCUUCUGAGCAAAAGUGGGAAACCCUCCCCUCAGCCGUAUCCCUGGACACCGAUGGUAACCAUAGGAACACUACGUGGUGGAAUGUGAGGAGCGAAGUCCAGGAGAGCGAUGAGAGGCAGACAGGUGGGAGGAGCUGGGCGGGGCUUGCUGAAGAGAGUGGGGUGAAAGGAGAGGGAGGAAUAACAAACACAGACUCGUAUUACAGCACUGAGGAGACAGACGGAUUCCUGUCCGGCGUCUUCAAGGCGACUCUUGUGGAGCUUUCUCCCACUGAGCCCGAGCCGGAAGCCAUCCCUUCUCCACAUGACAUGGACACACUGAUAGACACACUGAAAAGCAUGGCUCCUCCUGUUCGACACCGGCCCCUACGCAACAGCACCAGUCUGCCGUUCUCAUCUCUGCCUCCAAUUGUUGAAGAUAUCACCAGCCAUUCUAUUCAUGGGACUGAGAGUUCAGGUGUCUCCAGCUUGGCCUCACCUACAUCUGCUCAACCUCAGAACAUCCUGCCGCCGGACCUCGGGUUGAGCUGGAGCAAGUCAAAAGAUAUGCGUUCUCCUUUGGCAAUGAUGAGCAUGUUAAAGGAGCAGCAGAGUCAGGAUCUUCAGGGACGCUCUCUUAUCAUAGCACCAAGAGCAUCAGCUCUCAAUAGCAUGUACAUGCGCAAGAACUCGCUUCCAAACCUCAGCUUGGAAGAGGGAACUCAAUUUAACAGUAUUUUGGGAACUUCACGUCUGGACAACAGCCUGCUGUUUUCCAGUUACCGUUCCGAGCAGAAGGAAGACAACAGCAAGUCAUCAGGUCAGCGGACUCUCAACCGAGCAGCCUCUUUGCCUGAGGUUUCCUCCGGACAUGACUACCUCAGCAGGGUUUCCAAGGCUCCGGACUCUCUAGGGUCUGCAGGGUCCACUUAUGAGCUGUCCUUCCUCACCUCACCCCCAAGCUCCCUCUCAGGGUCGAUCGAGACGUCUCGUAUCAGCAAGAGCCCUUUGAUCAUCAGCAGCCCUACUGCUGAAAGUCCUACCUCCAUCUUCACGCCUCCUCUGUUGCACAGAAGUCUUUCACCAGAAUCACCUGUUAAACCCCAAAGUCUGCAGUUGAACCUGGACAUCGGCACGGCUUCCAUCGGAUCCGUCGGAUCCCCCGUCCAUAACGGCUUUGGAAACUUCGGUGUCGCCUCGCAGCCUGGACCAGACAGGAAUCUCCUGGUCAAAUACAAAGCGUUUCCGGAUGCCUAUCUCACUAAAGAGAAAGAACACGGCAAACUGAACCCUCGACCUGGGAAGAUGUAUAUAUACAAUCGUCCAGGAUGUCGUGGACAGAGAAUCGAGGUGAAGGGGGAUGUGAUUGAUGCUACAGACUGGGAGUUUCCAGAAACCAUCUCCAUUAGAGUGGUCAGAGGAGGCUGGGUUUUAUACGAGAAGCCGGACUUUAAAGGAGAGAGGUUUGCGCUGGAUGAAGAUGACAUCGAGCUGACGAACCCGUUCGGACUGCCGGAGGACGAGCCGAGAGCUGAGCAGAACGGAGAGAAGGAGAACGGAGAACCCAAAUAUACAGCACCCAGGCGUCUCGUCAUCGGGUCACUGCGGAGAGUAGUGAGGGACUACAGCGUUCCUGAGAUCUGUCUCUUCCCAGAGGAGAACGCUGAGGGAAAGAAAGUGGUGUUCAGGGACACGUCACAAGAUGCACGGAUCUACGGCUUCCCUGUUAAAGCCAACUCCAUCAUCAUCAAUGCUGGGCUGUGGCUGGUGUUCGCUGAGCCGUUUUUCCAGGGAGUCCCUCGGGUCCUGGAGGUGGGAGGCUUCCCAAAUCCUGCCGCCUGGGGCGUCGAGCAGCCCUAUGUAGGCUCCCUACAUCCUCUCAAAAUCAGAGAACCGAGAGUGGAGCGACCCAACGAGCCGAAGCUGGUGAUUUAUGAUAAACCGUAUUUCACUGGAAAAAGCCGAGAGAUUUACAACAACACGAGAGACUUCAUCACCAGAACAGACCCACAGCAGACAGCCUUCAUGUACAGUGUCGGCUCCUUAAAGGUCAUCGGCGGCAUAUGGGUGGGUUAUGAGAAGGAGGGUUUUCGUGGACAUCAGUACCUGCUGGAGGAGGGCGAGUACCAUGACUGGCGAACGUGGGGGGGCUGCGACUCUGAACUGCGCUCGGUCCGGGUCAUCCGUACUGACCUGAGCAACCCCAUGGUGGUGCUGUUCGAGAUGUCGAAUGAGGAGGUGGAGGAAGAGCGCACGUUUGAGGUGACAGAGGCCAUUCCGGACGUGGAACUGUUUGACUUCCCAACGUCUACACGCUCCAUCCACGUAAUCAGUGGAGCGUGGGUGGCGUACUCUCACGUGGAUUACUCAGGAAACCAGUACGUCCUGGAGAAAGGUUUCUACAACAACUGUGCUGACUGGGGCUCAGGAGACAACCGGAUCUGCUCCAUCCAGCCCAUCCUGCCUGCCCUGACGGAGUCUCAGGCUUCUCGCCGAGAGCUGCUGUUGUACACGGAGCCGAAUUUCCAGGGGAUGUGUCAGGUUCACUGUGAGAGUGAGGAGUUCCUGUCCGAGAGACGGACGGUGCAGUCGUGCAGAGUGGUGGGAGGAAGCUGGGUUCUGUACGAUGGAAGCAGCUUCUCAGGGAAUCAGUACAUUCUGUCAGAAGGAGAUUACGCCAAUCUCACCAGCAUGGGCUGCUCCGAUACCUGCGUCCUGAAAUCUGUUAAACCCGUAGAGAUCUUGUUCACGAUUCCGUCCAUCUCUCUGUUUGGUAUGGAGUGUUUUGAGGGACGGGAGGUUUCCAUGGAUACAGAGGUGUCCAGUAUGAUGGAAGGAGGGUUUAAUCCUCACUUCCUGUCUGUGAGGGUCAGCCACGGUUGCUGGGUGCUGUGUGAACACAGUAACUACAGAGGACGACAGUUCCUACUCGAAACAAUGGAGAUCACAAACUGGCCCAAAUUCAGCUCACUCACAUCCAUUGGCUCCUUGUAUCCCAUCCGAGAGAAGAGUCGAGUGUUCCGGAUCCGUUAUAAGGAGAGCAGACUCUGCAUGUCGGUGCAGGGUGGAGUGGACGCUAUGAAGACGGGCCGUGUGGUGGUGUCUGAGAAAGUGGAGGGUCAGAGUGACGUGUGGUUCUAUCAGGACGGCCUCAUCAAGAACAAGUUGGCCCAGACGAUGAGUCUGCAGGUUGUGGGUAACGUGGAACCCGGAGCAAAGGUGGUUCUGUGGUCAGAAACGCGAACUCCUAUUCAAAUGUGGAGCGCUAAACUAAGUGGCCCGAUCUCCAGCCUCACGUUUCCCGGCCUGCUGCUGGAUGUCAAGGGUGGUAAAACGUACGAUAAGGAGCAUGUGAUUGUACAGAACGUGACCGAAGACACCCCCACUCCGCUAUGGGACAUAGAAUUCAUCUAAACCAUGCCCCCUUUUUUAGUCACUGUGACUUUAUUUAAUAUUUAUUCUGUCAUGAAGGUUCACAUCAUCACAGCCUUUAUCAUGCCUCAGUUCUUCGACAUGGUGGAGCUCAAAAACAAAAAAAUCUUCAAUUAACACCGAAGCUUUAAUGCCAGAGUUUUGGAUUCAUUUGCAUCAUCGAGGUAAAACACGAUGCAGUAAAGAAACUCACACACAACAAAAACAUCAAACUGAAACUGAGGUGAACUUUUUUACACAGUAGUUUGUGAGUCAUUAACUCGUUUCCCAGUAAAGCACAAAGCAUUAUAAUGAACAUGCUAACACCUGAGCUAGCAUAGUCGUAACCCUGCUAGCAUUACUGUAUACAGACUAAUAAACAUACCUAGCAUCAAACAUGCUAACAGAUGUACUAGCAUUCCUGUAAAUACCUAACAGAUACUUAAACAUGGUAAGUUACACGUGAAUAUGUAUGACGAGCUAAUCAUGACAUAACGUAUAUUUUUUUAUAUACUCAUCAUGGCGGCCCUUUUACUCUUUCUGUUAUUUUUUCCUUCUAACAUUUGCUCACAUUGUUCUUUCACUCGCUACUUAGCGACGUUUAUCGUUCCAUUAGCCGGUGAACAGCUGAGACCUGAGACUGCAGUCCUGCUGUGUGUUUAUUGACAGUGUUAUAUUCAGAACCUUCUUAUGUAUAAUUAUAACUAAAAGAAAGCAGAGGUCACCUGAGGUCAUGUCAGGAAGGUGCUGAGAGCUGGAGAAGCACUUUCCCCGUAGAAGAGCGUAACAGCUCAGAACUUUCAGACAUUUUGCCUUUUUUGGACACAGACUUUGUUUAUAACGCUUAAUAAUGUGGACUUGGAUGAAACAGUUUUAUUUUUGAACACGUAAAUGUGAUUAAUAACGAGGACACUCACAUUAGCAAAAAUAUCUAUACUAACCAGGGUGUGUAUUGGAUUUGUGUGUGUGUGAGUGUGUGCGUGUGUGUGUUUGCGUGUGUGUUGAACUUUCAUUAAAUGCCAAUGACGCUCGUGUCACUCUGAGAAUUUGUUCAUAAGUUGUUGUUUUUUUUGAGAAAUAUUCUUCUGUAUGUUUUAUUGUCAAAGUGUAACAGGGAGUGGAUUUAUUUUUAAAAAAUUAAAAUGAAAAAAUAAAAAUAAAUGACACACAUCCUCCUGUUGGCCUUCUCU